AGCUGAUUGGAUGAAGCUGUGUAUAUCUUACUUUUGAUAGUCAUUGAUACAUGAAUAUAUAGAUGUGAUAAAUAGGUCUGUAGCACACUGCACACAGUCUUACUACACUAGUGUCAUGGUUUUAAAGAUAUUUGUGACAUAGGGUAUUCCCCUGUCUCCAUUGUAUUAAGUAGCAGCAUAAGCAUUUUGAGUGUAAGUCUCAUGAUGAAGACAAUUAAAGUCUAAAAAAUUCUCUUUGACAUAAAAUUUUUAAAAUAUCACACUAAACACAGUACAUACUGUUUGUGUUACUUUUUAAUUUAAUUUAACUUGAUCUACAAUGUCAACAGCAGUUUCUAAGAGAAGUAGAUUGCCACGUAUUUCUUGGCAAGAGUAUUUUAUGGGAAUCGCUUUUCUAUCUGGAAAACGAUGUAAAGACCAACAUUACAUGGUUGGCGCAUGUAUUGUUAAUAAUAAGAAUAUAAUUAUUGGAACUGGAUAUAAUAAGUUGCCUAAAGGAUCUACGAAGUCCGAGAAAGGAAAAACAUCUCAUGCGGAACAUAUUGCUAUUCGAAACACAAACUCACGCAGUACUGAAGGUUGUACCAUGUAUGUUACUUUAUUCCCUUGUAAUAGGUGUGCGGUAGCUAUAAUACAGGCUGGUAUAAAAAAAGUAAUAUAUCUAUGUGAUAAUUAUGUAGACAGGGUAAUAGCUGCCAAACAUAUGUUUACUACCAGUGGCGUUACUUACAUGCCAUAUGAAAGUAUAAUGUAUAGAGUGCCUCUUCAUCGAUAUGGAUAUUUGCAAAUUGAUGUAGCAGAAUAUUGUAUGGGAAUAGCAUAUCUGUCUGCAAGACGGAGUAAAGAUGUAGUAUGCAAUAUUGGUGCAUGCAUUGUUAAUAAAGAUAAUGUUAUUGUUGGCAUUGGAUAUAAUGGAUUGCCUAGAGGAAUGGAUGACAUACCAAAAAUAUUUUUAUACAAUCAAUAUAAUCAAUAUAAUCAAUCCAAGGAUGGAUAUUUUAAAGAAUGUCACGCAGAGCUUAAUGCAAUUUUAAACAAAAAUGUAGAUGCAGACAAUCUUCAAGAUUGUACAAUGUACGUCACUUCUUAUCCUUGCACUGAAUGUGCAAAAAAAAUUAUAGACUAUAAUAUAACAAAACUGGUAUACAUGUCAAAUAAACAAAACAACGUUGAUAUGACAGUUGCAAAAGAAUUAUUGGAAGCAGCUGGUGUAUCUGUCAGCGAAUACAAUCCACCAAAAGAAAGAAUAGAAAUUUAUGAAACUUAAUCUGCAGUGAAAUACAGAGUGAAUACAUCUAGAGAUCAUUUCAAUGAAAGAACAAUAAGUUGAUAAAAUGACAAGUUCAAGCCUCCUCGCAUAACAAACACUUAUUUUUAAAAACAUGUAUAAUUGUGUUAAUUAUUAUAACUAAAAAUAAUGAUUUUAAUAAAAAUUAAAACUAG